AUGAGCGGCAGCCGCGCCCCAGAGGGCGUAGACAUCACCAGCGUCGCCACGGGCGUCGACAAGUUCUGGGGGAUCACCGCCGUCGGCACGAAGAUUGUGGCUGCCCCUCGCAAUUCCGACAAGCUCCUGGUCUACGACACGGAGCCGAAGGCCGUGGAGGGCGUAGACAUCACCAGCGUCGCCACGGGCGUGUUCAAGUUCUGGGGGGUCACCGCCGUCGUCACGAAGAUUCUGGCUGCCCCUUGGAAUUCCGGCAAGCUCCUGGUCUACGACCUGGGGCCGAAGGCCGUGGAGGGCGUAGAGAAGGCGUGGGGGACGGACCUCUUGCAGCUGCAGUUGACGAGAAGGAAUGUCGGGCCCCUGGAGCGAGAGCUCGCGACAGCGGCGAGCGGCGAGAGCAGGGCGUCGGGCAACGGGGUGUCGGCGGCGAGGUCCCUCGGGCCGAGCGCUCAGAUCCAGGCGCUCACGCAGGUGGUGGAAGAACUCGGCGCCCCGCCGGGCACGCUCGGCACUGCCUCCGCGUUCCGAGGGUGGCUCGCCAGCAAGGGCGUCGCCAAGGAGACCAAGUUCUCGGCGAGGAAGAUCCUGUUCGGGCGCCCAGCGGAGGCGACGCAGGGCAUCGGAGGCCUGACCGGCGUGCAGAAUAAGGAGGUGUUCAAGCGUGUGACACAGGCAGACGACAGCGGUGACCGAAGAGAUUCAGACUCACGGGUCCGAGGAGGACAGAGCGAACUGGAAGUACAUCGUCGAUGGCCGAUGGCAACUGGGCGUUGCUGA